AUGGAAUCAUGCUACUCGAGCCUGCGUUCGCGUGUCUUUGUCGGUAAAUGUUUGAGCGCUUCCAAGUUUUUGUGAUAUUCUAGCAACUGGCUCGUGUCCGUGCUCCCACGCGAGUUUGGAUGAGAGCAAUAUGCAAGAGCUGAUUGGAAAUCAUUCAUUCUACCAGAACACUUCACUCUACUUGAAUCGUCCCGUUAAUGACAUUUGUGAUGGGAACGCGUGUCCGGAUAUUAUCGAUUGUCCCGUUGGAUUCAUUCUGGUUGCUUUUGAUACAAACGACGCUAAACUGGUUAGUUUGCCUCAUGUUACGAUUGUUAGGAUUCUUGUUACAGUAUCCAUCGGGCAACAUCACUCCAACUUGCUCGCCGAGCUCCAAAACUUGGACAGUGGGCUCUGAUGAGCUCUCGAGGCUCUAUGUGAUCUGUGUGGACUUUAGUAGUCUGCCAACAUCGACUGAAGGCGCAACAACAACAAGCACAACUACUGCUGGUAGGAAUUCUAGUCGGAACUCAUAAAUCCCCGUCUUUUUCUUUCAGAUCCGAACGUCUGUCAAUGUGAACUUGCCAAUCUGGACGCGUCGAACAUUAAGGAUCUAGUGGGCACCCACUCAUUUUAUGAAAAUGUCACUUCUCAUCCGUUCGAACCGCCAAACGAGCAGUGCUACAACGAGAUUUGUCCGAAUAUUGUCGAGUGUGCCGCCGGGUACACACUGGUCGUGUUUGACACAACAGACGCUAUUCUGGUAUGUACAUUGAAUGUUUUCGGAAAGUACGUCUUUCCUAAUGCCGCGUCCAAAGUCUCGGAAACGCCGCAAAUCUCGCGGAUUUUGCAGUCCAAAGUCGGCAGAAGUUUGCGGGAAAUCCGGGGUGCGCACAGCUGAACGAGUGUUACCGUACACCAUAAAAACUACGGUAAUUUUUUUGAAAAAUUUAUCCAACAAAUUUGAAAAAAAUUGCAAAUAUUGUCGAGAAAUUUAAAUUUUUUUCAAAAAAGAAAUACAGUUGAAAAAUUUACCCAAGAAAUAUUAAAAAAAUUUCAAUUUUUUUCGAGAAAUUUAAAUUUUUUUCAAAAAAAUACCGUUGAAAAAUUUACCCAAGAAAUAUUAAAAAAAUAUCAAUUUUUUUCGAGAAAUUUAAAUUUUUUUCAAAAAAAUACCGUUGAAAAAUUUAUCCAAGAAAUUUGAAAAAAAUUGCAAAUAUUCACGAGAAAUUUAAAUUUUUUUCAAAAAAAUACCGUUGAAAAAUUUACCCAAGAAAUUAAAAAAAUUUUCAAAAAAAUUUUCGAGAAAUUUAAAUUUUUUUCAAAAAAAUACCGUUGAAAAUUUAUACAAGAAAUUUGAAAAAAAUUGCAAAUAUUCACGAGAAAUUAAAAUUUUUUUCCAAAAAAAUACUGUUGAAAAAUUUAGCCAAGAAAUUUGAAAAAUUUUUCAAAUAUUGUCGAGAAAUUUAAAUUUUUUUAAAAAAAUACCGUUGAAAAAUUUAUCCAAGAAAUUUGAUAAAUUGCAAAUAUUGUCGAGAAAUUUAAAUUUUUUUCAAAAAAAUACCGUAGUUUUAUGGUGUACGGUAACACUCGUUCAGCUGUGCGCGCACCCCGGAUUUCCCGCAAUUUUCUGCCGAUUUUGGACUGCAAAAUCCGCAAGAUUUGCAGGUUUAAAGUACUUUACUCUUUUUUUCAGUACAACGACAGCAUCACGCCCUACUGCUUCCCGGACACGAAACGAUGGAGGGCCAACUCGAUCGACUUUGACACACUUUACUCGGUCUGUGUCGACUUUUCGAUUGUGUACACAAGCACAAGUGAGGCGCCGCCGGUUACUGUAGACAUGAACCGAUGCGAAUGCCCUCCAAUCCGGUUGAUCGAUCAGGCGGGAAUCGAACGAUUGGAGGCAUCCGCGUACUUGAGCCAUCGCGCCACUUUUGCGCCGAACGUGAUUGUCGAUGACGAGUGUGAGGUGUCAGUCGACGUUUCGUCCAUGCAAAUCACCGACUUCUUCUUCAUGAUCUUCCGAUCUGAAGCUCCGCCCAUUUUUGUAAGUUUGCGCCAGAGUUGAGCGGAAGAACUCAACGGAAGAACACGGAAGAAUUUUUAUCUUUUUUAGAAAAUUUUUUCAUGGAAUGUGAUCAACUGACGAAAUGUAGAGCAAAGUGAACUCUGCUUAUAGAAAAAUAAUUGUAAAUUUAGCUUUUCAUACAAAAAAGUUAUAUUCGAGUUGUUCCGUGAAAAUGUCCUUCCGUCUUCCGUUAGCCCCUUUUUCACGGAACAACUCGAAUAACUUUUUUGUAUGAAAAGCUAAAUUUACAAUUAUUUUUUUAUGAGCAGAGUUCAGUUUGCUAUACAUUUCGUCAGUUGAUCACAUUUCAUGAAAAAAUUUUCUAAAAAAGAUAAAAAUUCUUCCGUUGAGUUCUUCCGCUCAACUCUGGUUUGCGCUCAGCUACUCUCACCAAAAUUCACUGUUUAGAACCGUCGUUUCUCGUCGCUCACCAACAAAUCCGUCCCGUUCACACCGUACGGACUGUCGUGUGUCCAGGACGGAUCCGAGUGGCAAUGGCAGUAUUUUGGCGGAAAAGUCGACGAUUGCGCGUUUGCGCUCCAACAAACCGAUUGUGGCGAAUGCUCGGCGAUUUCGACGACGUCUGGCGCUAUUGUAUCGCAACAAAAUGGACAGUGCGACGUGCUGAACGUUCAGUGCACCGACGGAGGCGAUACUUUGUACUACAGCGAAACACACAAUUCUUUCGUCGUGAGUUGGGGGAUGAAAUGAAUACGAGUUUAGCGGGUUCCCACUUCCACGCGCUACACUACUCUGAGGAGUGGUUUUAGCGAAAAGUUGUCAACUGCAAAAAUAAAGUUCACACCUUUUUCUAUAAUUUUGUAAUUGACCACUUUUUGAUACAAACACUCCUUGAGGUACUGUAGCGCUUGAAAGUUUGCCCACUUUUCAAUUGCAGCUUUCCCAUUCUCAAGAAGCGGUUACAAACGAGGCGACGUGCGUGGGCGGAGCCUGGUAUCUUAAUGGAAUCCUGCUCAACGACGACGUCACAUUUGCGUGUUCAGACUAUAUUAACCUCGUGGCGGCGACAACGAUGACUUAUGGUAAAAACGUUUUCGGGUCUCUAAAAAUUGCCGUUAAAUUUGCAGUCGGCUCUGCUUGCGGCUGUCCUCAAAUCACCGACUUGUACGAUAUCCGUGAGUACCUGCAACUCUAUGACACCGACAAUAUCUAUGCCAACCACACGAUUGACGCCGGAAAAGUCGCCUACAGAAAUUGGUGCGCGAGCCCGAUUAUUUCAUGCGCCGGAUCGGCAAAUUUGGUGAUUUUCGGACGAAAUGUCAAGCCGAGAGUGGUAAAAAAAAUACGAUUUACACGGAAAACAUGCCAAAAUGUAUUACAGUACCCCGCCACCGAGCAACCGUACACAAUUUGCUCGAGAUCGCCGCUCGGAAUCGACGAGCAAAACGCUCAAAUGUUCUGGUUUAUCGACGGAAUUAUGUUGACCGAAGCGGCGUUUGCGUGUGUUACCGCUCCUUGA